CCCUGUCCUCUGUACCCACUGUGGUCCCCUCAUGGUAAGACGACAGAUGGUCUAGUCCAGCGGAGACACUCCCCCUGCGCAGGGAGACCGGCGGAGAGCGAAGGGCAAGACUGCGCACGCAUGCGCAGAGGCGGAGUUUGGGGGCGGGAGCCGCUAAGCCCCUUCCCAAGGCUGUGAAGACCAUCACUGGGAAGAUUAUGAACAUGACGUAUGUGACAAUGGCUCAAAUCUUAAGGUCUCAUCUGAUAAAUGUUCCAGUGAUAUCUAAUAGACAGAAAAUGCUCCCAUAUCUUGGUAUCAUUAGACACAGAGCAGUGUCAACUCAUAUAUCCAAAAAGAAGAUGCGAGAAUAUUAUAGGCUGCUAAAUCUGGUUGAAGGCUGCUCUGCGGAUGAUGUCAGGGAAUCUUUUCAUAAGCUUGCCAAGCAAUACCAUCCGGACAGUGGCUCUGAUACUGCGGAUUCGGCAACAUUUGUAAGGAUCGAAGAAGCUUAUCGGAAGGUGCUUUCCCACGUGCUAGAACAAACAAAUGCCCGACAGAAUAAAGUUGAAGAAGCAGAGGAAGAAGAAGACAAAUUCAAAUACAAAACACCCCAACACCGGCAUUAUUUAAGUUUUGAAGGUAUUGGUUUUGGAACUCCAAGUCAACGAGAGAAGCAGUAUAGGCAGUUUCGAGCUGACCGUGCAACUGAGCAAGUCAUGGAGUAUCAGAAGCAGAAGCUACAAAGCCAGUAUUUCGUGGACAGUUUAAUUGUUAAAGAUGUGAGACAGAGUAAAGAACAAAAGAUAACUCAGGCUAUAGAGCGUUUAGUAGAGGAUCUCAUUCAGGAGUCAAUGGCCAAAGGAGACUUUGAUAACCUCAGUGGGAAGGGAAAACCUCUAAAAAAAUUUUCUGGCUGUUCAUAUAUUGAUCCCAUGACUCACAACCUGAACAGAAUACUGAUAGAUAAUGGAUAUCAACCAGAAUGGAUCCUAAUGCAAAAGGAAAUAAAGGAUACCAUUGAUCAACUCAGAGAGGCGAUCUUAGCAUCCAGGAAAAAACUUGGGAAUCCCAUGACACCAACUGAACAGAAACAGUGGACCCAAGUUUGUGAGCAGUUUCAAGAAAACAUCAAAAAGCUAAACAAGCGAAUUAAUGAUUUUAAUUUGAUUGUUCCCCUCCUGACCUGGCAAAAAGUUCAUUUUGAUGCACAGAAAGAAAUUGCCAGAGCCCAGGAAGUAUAUGAGACCCUUGUAAGAGCAGAAGAAGUCACAGAUAAAAACCCAAACAACAUUGAUCAGGGAGAAAGGGAGAAAACAUCUGAAGUCAAGACAGGUUUUUUUAACUGGAUGAAUGUGUGGAAAUUUAUUAAAACAUGACCACUUAAAUAUUCACAGUACUGCCUCAAACCAUUUUCGGUUGUACUGAUGUCACACUUAGAAGCUGACAUUUAUUGUGGUAACACAAGUGAUGAGAACUGUGAAUCUCUGUACUUUUUUCAAAACUAAUCACAUCUCCAGGGAGGGUGAGGGAGAAAGCUGUAAGAAACCGAGCCUGAGACAUGUUUGACCAGCUUUGCUCUGAGGACGUUGCAAGAAAAGAAGGGAACUUCUAGGAAAACAAACCCAUUCUGGAGUAUAGAUGUCAGUCAUGGGUGAAAUGAAUUAGGACAAGGACUCAGAAGGGGAGUUAUAUAAAGGGCAUUCCAGAAAGUCUUGGUGCAGUUUUCAGCUCUAAUAACUCAAAAGACAGUUGGCUGUUGCCAUCUUCAAACAUAGUUACUGCAGCAAACAACGAUAACAAGCAAACCUUAAAAAGUAUUAUCAGAAGUCACAAAACUAAGGAAUGGACUGUAGGCAAGCAAACUUUCAAAUGAUGAAUGUUUUUUGCAAGCUUGCUACAGACAUACCCCUGAGUUAUUAAAGCUUACAAUUGUUCUAAGACUUUCAGGACAUUCUUUAUGCGGGUGGAAAUGUUAUGAUCAGGAAAUUAGCCUAAUGGAUUUAUUGCACUCUUCUUUUUUUUAUAAACCGUCUUUGUGGAUACUGAA